GUGGAAGGGAAAAUGGACUUGAACCUUAUUUUGUUAAGAGGGUACACAGUGCCUCGCUGUCUAGCAUGUGAACGGGUUGUGGCUUUCACCGCUCUCUCUCUCUCUCUCUCCAUCUACAUGUACCCACUGAAUAGCCCAAACCCAACUGGCAUUUUUUAUACAUUCGCACAGAGAAACUGAAUGAGGAGAGUCAGGACAAAUUUAGUCUCGGAUUCGAACCUGAUUCUCUUGGUUUUUUCCCACAAUCUUCUCCACACUAUCCUACCUUUGCUUAAUUAGCUUCUCUUAUAUGUUUUCACUCUCCUCCUUCAUAAAAAGAAGCCAACUUCAUUUCUUGUUUCUUUGAGAGAGUGAAAGAAAGAUAGCUAUAGCUAGCUACGAGGAAGAUGAACGCGUCUGCCUCAGAAUGCACUAGUGGUUGUGAGUCUGGUUGGACUCUUUACUUGGAACAAUCUUUUCUGUCUCCAACUACUGCUGCUACUGCACAUAGAGGUUCCAAGCUAGUUGAUGUUAGAAAGAGUUCUGGCUUUUGGAAUAAAAAGGAGCAUGGUAAUAAAGCAGAAAGUGAUGAAGAUCAAGAACAUGAUGAGGAGGAUUUGUCUAUGGUCUCUGAUGCAUCUUCUGGGCCUCCUCAUCAUUUUCAUGAAGAUGAAAGUAAUUACUUUAAUUACGGUAAUAAUGGUUGCUUCUAUCCUGCAUUUAAGGAUACUACAUUGAUGAAUAAUAAUGGUGGGAAAAGGAAAAAGGAGCAAGAACUCCCCUCUUUUCUUGAUGAUACUGCUAGCUCUCCUGCCUUCAACUUCUCCAAGAAUAGCGAUUUUGCUUUCAUGGAUAAAAAUCAAGCUUCAAUGGAAACCACAUUGGAUUAUUCACAAGCGGCUGGUUUUUCAGCUACACAUUUUGAGGGGAGAUCUGCAUACCAAGACCACUUUGCUAACUAUAUACAGCCUUCUUCUCUAUCUGGAAACCAACUUCAACAUAACCAGUGGUUCUAAUGCGAAGGGGAUGCUGAGAUAGACCUGACUGGCAUCAAGUUUCUGCCAUUGCAGAUUGUUGCUAGUGAAGGUUCUGUAAAACGAAAAUGGUGCUGGAGAAGAGGCAAGGCUGUUAAUUAAAGUUUUUUUUUUUUUUUUGAAAAAAAAGAUCUCAUAAAGAUCUUGUUCUUUCUUUUUUUUUUUUUUCGUUUCUAGUUUUUCUUUUUUUUCCUGUCAAUGCUGUGGGAAGCAGCCUGAAAGAGAAAAAACUGGAAAUAAAUUUCUUCUUCUCAAAAUUUUAUUUAA